GUUCUCAUCAUAAAAUGAGAAGAAGUUUAGUGAGUACCUAGCAGCUACGCAUCACAUUGCCCUAUUCUGAUUGUUUUUGAUUUUAGUCAUUGCUCAGCAGUCUGUUCAACUGUUACUGGUAAUUCUUCGAGAUAAAAGUGCUUCAAGUGGUGGCAGUAAGAAUAUUUGUUCAGCAUUGCAGUGCGACAAAUGUGUUUACUUCAGCAGUGCUUCUAAUCAGGUGAUUCAACCAUCUGUCACACUUAACAGGCCUACUCUGUGCAUACGCCUUGAGCUCGUAAAACCUAUAGUUACCUCCACGCCAAUAGGUCAAUUUAUUCAAAAUUUCGAUAGAGAAUGUUUGGACCCUUGCAGAACAAGAUGAUACAUGAGAUCAAUCCCCUCCAAAGAGAACUGGCUGAUAGCAUUGUUAAAAUGGUACCUCUGGACGAUAUUCGAAUACUCUUAGCAACUGGAGCAAAGGUGAAUGAGCCAGUAACUCAAGGGCUGAGACCACUGCACUAUGCAGUUUGGCAACGAUAUCCGGAAGCAGUGCGAUUGUUACUGGUUAGAGGUGGCGACAUAAAUGCAAGAGAUGAAUGUGGAUACUCUGCUCUACAUCUUUCUGCCGAGCAUGGGUACACAGAACUGGUGGCUCUUCUGUUGCGAAUGGGAGCUCGAGUGGACUACAGAGAGGACACUGAUGAGCCGUAUCCUCGCACCACUCUCUGUGACGAGCCACUUAGACUAGCGAUUCGCAACCGACACACCGAAGUCGCCAGAAUGCUCCUCGAAAACGGCGCUAACCCCAACAAGAAAUACUUUUUUGGAACCGAGAUCAAUCUUGUAUCACCACUCGACUUGAAAUUUAUGAAUUUGUUACUGAUGUUCGGAGCUGAUCCUAACUCGCGGGAUAGAACUGGUCUCACACCGCUUAUGAAGGCUGCCCGUCUACCUCAGGGUAUAGAAUCAGUUCUACUACUUUUGUCAUAUGGAGCAGACAUCAACGCUAUAGCUGAUAGUAGACACGCUUUCAGUUCAGCCUUAGCAGCAGCUAUUCUAUCGGAGAGCAUAGACACUGUCAAACUGUUAAUAAAACAGGGAGCCAACGUUAACCCCGUAUAUGACGGCAAUGGACCUCGCAGGCUAUCCUGUCUACAAUUAGCAAUUAGCAAGCAUAACCUCCAUUUGGUUAUGAUGCUCAUCGAAGCAGGAGCAGAUAUAAACAGUAUAACAACAGGUGGUGCAGCGUUGCAUACAGUCUGUGAUGAAACAGUAGCAGCAACUGACAACUACAGCAGUUUAGAGUGUCAGUACCAGCUGUUGAGGGUACUACUUGCUGCGGGGGCUGAUCCCAACAUCAUGGUCGAUCAGCCAGAGGAUGACAUAUUCGUGCAAUCGGUGCUAUCCACAUAUUUCUACUCGAAUGUACAACCUUGUCCCGCAAUCAUACGUCUAUUUCUCAGGUUUGGUGCAAGGGUCAUAAUGAAAACACAUUUUCGACAUCCUUUGGGUAUUCUAGACUGGAUUAGAACCGCCACUCGCAAUCAAGAUGUUUACAGAUUUCUGCUAGCGGCAGCUGAAAGUUUCGACAUUUGUAUGAUUCGACGCAACCAGUACUUAUCAGAUGAACAAAGAAGUAUGCUUCUAGAUCUAGCCACCAACCCACUUCCACUCCAGCAACAAGCCAGACUUUACAUAAGGAAGCAACUGGGUAGCGUCAGGUUGCCUCUCAAAGUUCAGCAACUACCGAUACCAAAGAUUCUACAAGAUUAUCUUCUCUUUGAUUUAUUAUAAUGAAUGCAUUGAUCAUUUUAAAAUCUUUUUAUAUAGCUUAUGAUUGUUUUACGCUUUAAAUCCUUGCAUACCGUACAGGCUAUGUUGGAUACGUUUUAAACUGCAAAUUAAUUAUAAAUGAGCUGUUUUCUGGUUACUGUUUUACUGGUACUGACAUUGCAAUUAAGUUGCUACAUACACUCAUUAAAUUAGGUUUCUCUUGAUUUGUGAUGUCUCGAACUUCGAAAAUGUAUUAUUGAUUAGUAGUCUUAUAAAAUAAUAACUAUAAUCAAAAGAUAAAAUUAUUUGACCAUUUAUAAAAAUGACUUCAUUUUUAUUAUCAGGUAGUUCCUGUUUGUUAGAUUUACACACAUUUCAAUAAUUCUUAUUCUGAAAUUAUGUCUGAAAAAUUGUUUAUUCAGUUAUUGAUUUUUAGAAGUACCGUAAUCAUUCUAAGGCUUAUUCUUUGUAAUCUGGAUAACGUCUCUAAAUAACGUGCACUUUAUUAUGUAAAUAAUGUAACAAGUCUCUCUGUUAAAACCCCUCUGUUAAAAUUUAAUAAUUUCUUCUAGGAUUAUUAAUAAUGAAGGAUAUUUUUCUACCUUUGUACAUGCUUUACAAUAAACCAAUUGUUAGACGCAA